AUGCCUACGUCGGUCGGCAUUAUCACAACUAAUUUUCCGGAAGGAAAGCGCCGCAAUAUCGCCUUUGCGAGCUUUGGGGGGGGCAAUCCUGUCGGUUACGCAUUGGGGCUUCUGCUGGGGGGCAUCUUUGUGAAAACUGUGGGAUGGCGGUAUGCGUACUACUUUUCUCUUGCUUUGAACGCGGUGGUUUUCGUCAGUGCUUUCUUCAGCCUACCUGCCGACACCGCAGAUCGAGCAUCACUCGAUCGGCUGAAGUCCGCUGUUGACUGGGUAGGUUUGGCACUGAUUUCUGCUGUCCUUGCUAUUCUUUCCUAUGUCUUAGCGUCUAUCACAUCUGAAUCUUCUUUGUCGCCUAAGAAGCCUCUCAAUAUUGCGCUCUUGAUCCUUGCAAUCUUGUUGAUUCCUACUUUCGUGGCAUGGGUGGGACGUCAAGAGACUCGAGGCAGGCCUGCAAUUAUCCCGAAUUCGCUCUGGCGGCAAUCUGGAUUCACCAGUGUCUGUGUGGCUACCUUCCUUACAUGGGCAAUGUUCAACGCUCUAGCCUUUUUUGCAACGCUCUUGAUGCAAGAAAUUCAACAUAUAUCGCCUCUACAGACCUCCCUGCAAUUUCUGCCGCUGGUCGUCCUGAGCGUUUUCGCGAACUUUGUGGCAGGCUACCUGGUUGAUAAAGUGGCGGCAAAUAAGCUGGCGUUCGGCGCCACUGUACUCAGCGCUGGAGCACCGCUUAUCUUUGCUCUUCUCUCACCGGAGUGGCCAUUCUGGGCGGCAAUGUUUCCUGCAAUGUGCCUCAUCCCGCUGUCUUCAGACUUCUUGUUCAACAUUGCGAAUCUUGUAAUUACGGCUACUUUCUCUACGAAAGAUCAGGCGCUCGCAGGCGGUGUCUUCAAUACCGUGUCGCAACUAGGAAGCUCGAUAGGACUCGCCGUUACGGCUGCCAUAGCCGCCUCGGUGGAAUCGUCAGGGAGCCACGGUGACAUGAACAGUGCGGAGGCUGCUUUGAAAGGCUAUAGAACGGUGUUCUGGACGUGUCUAGGUGCUGCGCUCGCCAGCUGUGCCAUUUCGACCUUUGGUCUGAGGAAGAGUGGGAAGGUUGGAUUGAAGAGAGAGUGA